AUUCCUUCGCGCUGGAACAUGAUGAUCCACGCUCCAUCCAUUUUGCCAAAAAAUUCCUGAUACUCUUCUCUGUCCGUGUUGUCUCGAUAGGCUUCGCAGUAAUCGUGAAAAUCGCCCGUGAAUGCCAGUAAACGUUGCACCGCUUGGGCCAUGGAUAAUGACAGGGAAUGGUUAAUGGCCGGUUUCAAAUCGUGCCAAAGCUCAGCAAGUGUUUGGUAACCGGAUGGCUCCAACCUAACGAUCGACUUUUACGGAAUUUUCGAGUGAUAUUGAUGGACACGUCGGUAAGCCACUCAAUUUCCCUCUGUUCCCGUCGAUCUCUUUCGCGUUGCAAACGGAUCGCUUCAGUAUCAGGCUGUACCGUUUGCUUUUCUCCUUCGUCAUCUAUUAAAAAUCCACCACCAGAAUCCAUGGCUUCAGUUAAAUGUUGUUGGCCGCUGAAAACCGAAAGUCCUUUGUGGAAAAAUCAUCCAUCGGUUGCUGCGGUGAAAAUACUUGUAUCAUCGGAAAUUGAUCCACGUGAUGUCAUGGAUCGUCAUUGGUUGACGCGAAGCAUGAACGGGGCUGCUUCGACAAAAAUACUCCCCUGCUUUCUUGCUAUCAGUUUUGUUUGGCUUGAGCCUUGUCCAAUAACUCUACGAGUACAGUAUAGGCGUUUAUUCAUCACAAUGCGUAACCAGCACAUUGUUCUCAAUGUGGCAUGUUGCAACCACAACGAAACAGAGCGGGGCCAACACCACUCCAACUGACUGACCGUGUGCACUCCUUCAAAAAGACUUCCCUGACAGCUUCACACUAGUCCAUGCAG